AUGGCAGUGCUCUUCGGAUUUGAAUCUCUCCACUACCUUGAUAAGCAGCAAAGCACAAUCUUCCAUCUUGCCUAUCACGAUACACUUCUUUCCCUGCUCUUCGCUUUCCCCUCUUUGCGAUUGAUAAUGGAUUUAAACGAUGUUUUUAUUCACCCUAGAGAACCAGAGCGAUCGUACACUGAAGAAGCCAGGGAAUGGGCAAACUCGGUAUUGAACUUUGACGGACCACCCGUAUCGUCAUCAUCAGACCUCCGAAAUAUUUCCGCUACGUCUCCAGACAUCCCUACUGCACUGGCCGGUGAUGGAUCUAGUAUUAUUUCGCAAGUAUCUGUCGACCCACCAUCUCGGAGCAACCAUGAAACUCUACCCAAUUCUGACAGUCUUGCAGAAAGCCUGGAUGCGGUUCUUUUUUCCACAGGUCCCCUCUACGCGAACUCAGCACUACAACGCACAAUCUCCUUGCCCGUCGUCCCUUCCUUCCGAUCGUUGAUGGAGCCUUUCAAUAUUCUCUCUACUCCUGGAGUUGUAUCUUGGCAACACGGCACUCUGCCUGAAUCAUCCAAAAGAUCAAUCGCUCCCUUGACGAGCUUUGUUUUUCCAACUCCUUCGGCACGCCAGAGCUCUGCUCAGCUGUCACAGUUCCAGAUUCGAUCCCCUAGCACGCCCGACGGCGGGCCCAGAAAAGACGCCACUUCUGCGCAUCAUAACGGUAGCCAAGAGUCAUGCGACACUUUGUCUAUCUCGGGACCACUCCACUUGACAACAUCCGUUCAAGACGCUAGGCCUGGCGCUCUUGCCUAUCCCUCGCCUGAGGAAACAGAAACAUCUGAUCCGCAGCCUUCGCCGGACGCACAGGCUCGUCGUUCCCUAUCUCCUGCCUCCACACUUGUACAGCCCGCCCGGCCCAAAGGAAAGCAAGGAACCAAACGAAAGGGGCGCGACGACAGUGGAGAUACCAAAAUCGUGGAACCCGCCCGGAAACGGCAAAGGAGCGAGCGCGUCGAGCAGGGAAUUCGCUGUCGGUGGAAGGGCUGUGAAUUCUCUGGCACUUCGAUGGACGUCUGGGAGCACAUCGUCAGCACCCACCGGCCGGACAAGCGGCCGACGCCUGCGCAGCUCAACAUCGUAACAAGGGAUAGCCUAGUUGAGUGCGGGCUUGCCGAGUGCCAAGCGCAGGGGACUGUCACGGAGAUGCUGGCGCACCUGCGGAAUGUGCACAAUGUUCAGCAGGAGGCGGAGAAGUGCACUCACCGGAACUGUGUGCGGAGGGCGGCGAAGCGGAGGAGUUCCAUGUCGCUGGUGGAGAACUACGUCCGGCAUGUGUUGGACGUGCACUGGAAGGUCGAGGACGUCGUCAGAACGUGCCAUAUCUGCUUGAAGAAGAAGCGCAAAGAUAUGUCAGAAUCGAGAAACCACUUCUCGUUUUGCCUCGAUCGGUUCAUGGAUCGCACCGCUGGAUUUUCGCGAACAUGA